CUCCCGCUGUCCUAUACUCGUCCAUGCCGCGUCGGCGACGCACGUCGCCACAAACUUUUUUCUUUUCACGUUAUUUUAAUAAACAAUCGCUUACUUCUUUUUAACAAACGAAAACUGUGACUUUUGACGUUCCAAGUGCAAGUGCAGUGACUGUAUGUUGGAUUCGAAUUUUUGUAUGUGCUCCGAAAAGUUUGUUUGGCAAUAAAUUGACAAGUGAACAUGUGUUCUGUGCUGUAUUUAUUAUUAUGCGAAUGGAUUGCUACCGCUGCGAUAUAGUUUGACAUGAGAUGACCUAGCGGAUCGAGGCGGACAGUGCAUGUGGUGUGAUGAUGCAGUGAUUUGAAUGUGAUACAAAAACAAAGGAAGGAUGAGACAAGAAAACGGAAGGACGAUAAAGAUAUGCACACGGUGAUAAAAAUCUCAAAGAAAAUGACAAUGAAGAAGAAAAUGAAUAUAAUACGAUUAGAGUUGACUUGAUUAGUGGUAAAAAGAAGUCAUUGGUGAUAUUAGUGAAAUCCGUGAUCGUAUGAUUGUGAGUGGAGGACUAAGUGAUGUUACAGUGUUAGGACUUUGAAUGAUGCCUGAUCGGGAGACGGUGGGCGGGCCUGGGACUGCGGGAAGUGGUUUCUUGCCUCUUCAAUUCCCGUCGGCGUUUGCAGCCUUCCACGCUUCCACCCCUCCAGGCGCGCCGACCACAGCCAUGCACCACGCUACACAUUACCAUCAUCAUGCUCAACUGGCGGCCGCAGCAGCAGCGGCAGCGGGAGCCACGACGGAGCUGAGCUACCUCGCCGCCCUCCACCCCGCGUACCGCCCCGUGCCGUACGACCAUCCUCUUUACGGAGCCAACACCCUGAGAGGUCUAGAAUACCUGAGUGCAGCGCGGAGCCUGCAUCCUGAGCUACACGCGGGCAGUACUCUCGCCAGCCAAGACUUCCAGCUCAGUUUAGAAGGAUCUAGAAUAGCCUCACCGACUAGGCUAAGACUAUCCGGGGGCGCUAUCGGAGCCUCGGCCAAUCGCAAGCGGGCAGUGUCCUGGAGUCCUUACUCUGCCGAGUCCUUAGACCUGGCUGCCGUCAUCAGGGCAUCGCCCGCCAGCCUGGCUGUCAGGGCCCCCUCAGCCGCCUCCACAGGAAGCUAUGGACAUCUCAGUGCUGGAGCAAUAUCACCAGCGCUGUCCCUCUCGCACGCGUCGCUGGCGCAGCAGCUGCUGGCGCGAGGCGGAGUAGUGGGGGGCAGCGGAGUACUGGCGGGAGGCGUGCUGCUGGACCCCGCGCACCAGCAGGCGGCGGCUGCGGCCGCACAGCACGCCGCGCAUGCGCAUCUUGUCGCUGGCAUUCAUAGAUCUCACAUAUCGUCUCCAACGCAACUCCUGAUGGGUCCGGUCGACAUUCGACCUGGAUUGACCCUGGACGGCACCCCCCCUCACAUGCAGCCCCCCCAGCAGCCCGAGGUCACCAGCGUCAUGGAGGCCGACAGUUCGAACAUCCAGAGGAAGUCCCCUCCAAGUCUGAUGAACAGGGAGAUUCACAACAAUAAACCGUUGUCGGCAGCGGCUGAGAGUACGGUCCAUGAUGGACUGGAUUCUAAAGAUGAGCCUGGUGACUUCAUUGAGACUAAUUGUCAUUGGGUGGACUGCAAGCUAGAAUUCCCAACUCAAGACGACCUGGUCAAGCACAUCAACACAGACCACAUUCACGCCAGCAAGAAGGCGUUCGUGUGUCGCUGGGUCGGCUGCUCCAGGGAUGAGAAACCAUUUAAGGCCCAGUACAUGCUGGUGGUGCAUAUGAGGAGGCAUACUGGAGAAAAACCUCAUAAGUGUACUUUCGAAGGCUGUUGCAAAGCAUACUCCCGUUUGGAAAACCUUAAGACUCACCUGCGAAGUCACACAGGUGAAAAACCCUACACCUGCGAGUACCCUGGGUGUGCCAAGGCCUUCUCCAACGCCAGUGAUCGAGCGAAACACCAGAACAGGACUCAUAGCAAUGAGAAACCUUACGUCUGCAAAGCGCCCGGUUGCACGAAGAGAUACACAGAUCCGUCCUCGCUUCGGAAGCACGUGAAGACUGUUCACGGGGCAGAGUUCUACGCCAGUAAAAAACAUAAAGGUUGCAGCCGAGGCGACGACUCAGCAGAGUCGGGCGGAGGUGGGGCGGGAUCCUCUCCGAGGUCCGAAGAAGGGGGGGUUCCGAUUGGGGUCAGAGGUCACACGUCAUCUGCAUCGGUCAAAAGUGAGAGCCCUGCGUCUCCAUUGCCUUUGGGUCUUCAUACACCGGCUCAUCAGCUCUCGGCGCAGUGUGGUGGUGAUCUCGAUUUCGGAGGCUCUGGCAUCGGAGGCUUCAGUGAUGAAAAUGGCGCUCCGUACUUUAGGCUUGAUGGAGAGGUGGAACAAGAAGUGGUAGGCGAGGUGGGUCAACUGCCCCUGAUGCUGCGCGCCAUGGUGGCUAUAGGGUCUCCCCGUGCCCACACUCACCACACUCAUCACACUCACCACACGCCUCGCUUCGGAAACAAAAUGGCCGUCGGGAAACUAAUACCGCCCGGACCAGAUGUGGGAGGAGGUAAUUAUUAUUGUGGCGUGCCAGGUCGUACAGAGAUAGGCAACACGACGGUGGCUGUGGAGCUGAAGACACUCGCGCCUAACACCAGGCGGGACUCCGGGAUCUCCUCGGGAAGCAGUCUAUAUAGUGCCAGAUCGUCGGACAUUUCCCGCAAGAGCAGCCAGGCAUCGGUGGUGUCAGGCGCGGUGCCCGGAGCUGCACAAAGGCUGGUCACACAGCACACCGCUGUGUAUGACCAGCUGUCGCCCGACAGCAGCCGCAGAUCUAGUCAAGUGUCGUGUGUGGGGUAUGCGCCGGCGCCUUCGUCCGCGCUCGCCGCCGUGCAAGCUGUCAGGACUUCGCAAGGCAACCAGGCGGUCCUCCUCCGAGGUGUGACGUGUUCGGAGGUGCGCGCGGAGGAGCUCGCGCUGGAGCUGGAGCCGGCCGUGCAGGUCAAGGAGGAGGCGCGCCGGCUCUCCGAGCAGUCCAGCCUCAGCGACCACUACCAGCCCUACGUCUGCAAUGCUGAUGAUGUGGGCGACCCAUCAUUCCCCUUCAAAACGGAAGACGACGACACUGCGACCUACAAGGAGUCCCGCUCCAACUCCACCUCAACUGUGGUGGUCACCACCGCGCAGGUCCACCAUCCCAACCAGGAGGUCAAUCUGGAACAGGUCGCUGAAGGUGAAAUGGUGGAGAAUAAGCUGGUGAUACCAGACGAAAUGAUGCAAUAUCUUAACCAAUCAAUAUUGGGAACCGAAUCGGCAGCACCGGCCAAAGCCACCUCCACCAACCCACCGGAAUCCGUCGCGACCAAGGAUGAGGAUCACGCUACCAAAGACAGUGACAUACAAAACACAAACAAUUCCAGUGAUAAAAUCAGUAAUGUAGCAACCAGUGACGAUUCCCUACUCAAAAACCUAGGUGCCAUAGGAAGUGAUCUCAAUAUAAGUGAUAUUCCAGUCGAUUUAAGAUCGUUAGACGUUAGCAUGUCUGGCAAUAGUGGCUCUCUUUUAGCUACCAAGUCCCCGGAUGACAAGAAUCCAUUACAAGAACAGGUCAUACCUGAAAACGCAGAGAAAUGUGAACAGGAUUACAAACCGGUUACAAGUAAUGUUGCUACAAAUCCGCUUCAGUCCUUACAAACAAUGGCGUCGAACCAGACGGAGCAAUCGAAUAGAAUGAGAGUCAAUACGCUACCUCAGAAGCAAAAUUCUAUGAGUCCUAAAACUAUAAUAAUGAGUAAUCAAACAAUAAUGAGUCCGCAAGGGCUGCCACAUAGCAUGUUGAGCCCCCAAAGUCUUCCCCAUAGUGCGAUGAGCCCUCAGAGUGUAAUGAGUCCACACAACAUACCCCAUAACGUUAUGAGUCCACCCAGUGUCUACAAUGUCAUGAGUCCACAAAGCGUGAUGAGUGUAAUGUCACCUCAACACAAUGCCAUGAGUCCACAGAGUAUGCAAAGUUUAAUGAGUCCUCAAAUGCCAAAUCAGAUGAUGAUGAGCCCGAGGCACAAUAAUAUUGGCAGUCCUUUAUCUCAAAAUAUGGCCAGUCCCAUGGUCAAUAUGGCCAGUCCUAUCACGCAAAAUAUAGCUAGCCCUAUGAGCCACGGUAUGCCUAGUCCAAUGCAUCCGGGCAUGCAAAGUCCGAUGACGCAGAACGUAUCAAGUCAAAUGGUACAAAACAUUCCGAAUAUGCCCAUGAAUUCUCCUGCUGGCAAUCAAAAUAUGUUGAAUAUGAACCAAAAUCCUCAAUUGCAGGGUGUGCCACCAAGCUACAUAAAUAAUCGGCAAAAUUGCAACGCAAAGAUACCUAUUAGAAACAAUGUUCCUAACCAAUACCAAAACCAAAAUUACAAUCCAGUCCCGCCUUACCCGAUUCAACAGAAUCAAAUGCCCCAACAAAAUGUUAAUGUUCGGAAUCAAAACAUCCAGCCAAUGCAACAGUACACGAUGAUGCAGCAGUACAACCCAAAUCAGAUACCAGUCAUGCAUCAGAUGCCACAAAAUCAGAACAUGGUGUACAACAACCAGAUGAUGAACUAUCAGCAGCAUGUAAACUAUCCUAACCAAAGCAAUCAAAUGCAUCCUUUACAAAUGUCCAGAUCAUCUGGCAUGAGUGUAGACAACAGUGGUAACAUGAGUCGCGGCGCGAUGAACAGUUACUGCGACCAACAGAAUCAAAUGCAAAACCAAUACAAUCAAAAUGUACAGUACCCUCAACCACCACCUUACAACUCUGUGGUAAAUGCUGCAAACGUGAUGGGCCCCCCGCCUCCAAAGAACAAUCACCAAUACAACCAAGCCAUGAUGAAUAACAACCAAUAUUACAACCAUCAGAGGCCCUACAACCAAUGGGACUACCCCGGCAAUCAGUUUAAUAAACACAACAUGCAAAAAUCGGUACAAAACUCUGUCAACAUGUCUACUGGAAGCCAGAAACCUAACGGCACUAGAGUAUCAAUAAAUUGUAACCAAAUAGUGAAGAAUGGUGACCAGACCGACUGCAGCAUGAAUAGUUUGAGAGGUCAGAAUGAGAAUCAGGCUGACGUCCAGGUAUGGGAUAUAUCCCAGUCUCAAAUAGAAGCUACGAAUGGAAGGAAAAAGAAUCAGAAUAGCACAAUGCGGCAGGAGACGUACCAGCGGACUUUGGAGUAUGUGGAGAACUGUGAGAAUUGGAAGAGUUCGGAAAUGGUUUCGAGUAGCACCCAUCCGCCGCAAGGGGGGGACAACAUGGUUGUGAACGAUCUCCAAACAUCAUUGUCUUCGUUUUAUGAAGAAAACCAAUACCUCCAACUGAUCCAGUAAGUAGUCGUAUUAAUAGACUUAUUUCGUCGUAAGUUUUUGUAUCUUGGUGCUGAAGAUGUAAAGAUCAGGGAAGAUCAUAUUUUUGUUAUAGUUCAUUAUGUGCCAAAUCGCUUUGUUUAUAUACUAUGUAUUCAGGGUCUGUGCUAAAUUUAUCUCAAUUUCUUUUUUGAAAUGUUACUGUUUGAUGCGUAGAAGAUGUAAAACUUCUCUAAUGGAGACUGAUUAUUUUUAAAUUUAUACUAAAGAUAGUGAAUUUACAAUUUAAAGUAAUUCAGCUAAUUGUUUUGCAAAAGACACGUACAUACAUAGGUACAUACAAUCUAUUGUACAUAUUGUUAGUGUUGCUGCUAAGUCUUCCACGAGUUUUAUUAUAAGAUUAAGUAUUUAGAUACUUUUAUAUUAUAGGAAUUAUAAGUGCCUUAUGUACAUAACUGUACAUAGUGUUAAGUGUUCAAGAAUUUUGUCAACAAGGGAAUUUAUAUCAGUGCCUCAAAAUUUGUUAAAAACUUCUAUUUUAAAAAUCUGACUGUUUAAGAUCUUUGUGUAGUGUAUAACUUUUGAGAUUACUAGAUAUUAAGGAAGAAUAAUUAAAAUUGUACAAAAUCGAUUUUUUUUUCUAGAAUUUUUACAAUGUUGUUGAAAUUUUGGAAUUAGACUCCGCGUCAUGUAAAAAGUCCCUGGAAAAGACAACAGCAACGUGGUCGCGGUUUGUUAACGAUAGUUCCACAUAUUGGCGCAGGAGUUUUUUCGUGGCGCGGUCUCUAAUGUUACUUAAUUAUAAUUUUAAACGAUAGAUUAUAUAAGUGAAGCAAUAACACCUAUUUGUUACAUCGAAUCUCCUAGUAUAGAGUUUUAUGAGAUUACUAGAAUUAAGUACUUAGUUGGUUAUUUUUUAUUUAAUUAACGAUGGACGCACAAAUAAAUGUAAUAGAAAUUACUGUAUUUUGUAUUAAAUUAUUGUUUUAUACUGUUUGUACAACAUCAUUGAGACGCCUGUGACGAUAUUUUAAUAAACUAUUAAAUCUUCUUAUCAACAUGGA